UCAAUUGUUUUUUUUGAAAGUUUGGUAGCUAUGGAAAUUCCAGCAAAAAGUAUUUCGAUUCACGGAGACUAUUUUCGACCGGCUAUUUCCCAAUCCAAAGAAAAUGUGCAAAAUGAGGGGACAGAAGAUGAAUACGAUACGCAUGGCGAUUCAGACUGGGAAAUUGAUAUGGCGAGCGAAACUACCUUGGACAGCGCCUAUAGCGAGUUUGAAAAGGAGCUCGCCACUGAGACACAACCAAACAAAGUAGGGAUAAAUGAGCUACACAGAAGCACAGCAGGCUUGAGCGAUGUUCCCAUGCACAAAUAUCCAUUUAAGCUGAAGCAAAACGAGGAAGGAAACAUACUCACUGUGCAUAAUACAAUCAAAUCUGUGGACAAAGAUGUAAGGAUUCGCAUUGCUGCUUACUGCUUUAAUGAGAUGAGCAACAAACUGGUUGUCAUUGACAGGCGUGGUAACAUCUACAUCUUUGACUUUGUGUGCAAACGCUAUUGGCGUCUGGGUGUCAAAGUGCCAGAGGCAACUCUGUUGGUGGCCUCACCGCUGGUGCAUAGUGAAUACAUUGUGGGUACUGAAUCGGGCUGUGUCUUUAUCUUUAAUAUAGAAAAGACACCUAUGCUGCACACUAAAGUGGGCGACGCAGCUAUUAAUGAAGUUUCCUUUGGAAAUCGACUUGACAGUAACACUGCAUGCAACACCUUAAUACGCUUAGGAGCUACGGCUGUCCUAUUGAACUUUACCACGUUGCAAUUGUCGCAUAGACUUGAGUUUGAUCACUCCAGAUAUACAUUGAAGUUUGCCAGUUUUCUACCCAAAUCGGAUAAGUUUUUCACAUGCUUCACCAAUGACUCGGUGCAUCUCUGGUCCAGCUCUAAUCUGGGAACGGUGUACAUUUCGCAACCCAUCAAAGCACGCGAUCGCAAGAUACGUUUGAUGCGAGGUGACACGUCAAAGAUACCAGAGAUUGCUUUGCGUGCUGAAUAUGAUGAGGAGGAGGACAACUUGGACGAUGAGCUGGCAUUUAAGUACGAUGAUCAGCAUUUUUCCGAUGGCAAACUACUUGCCUAUAGUUUCUCUCCAAAUGGUAAUAAACUCUUGUUGAGCACAGUGGAUGGAUAUUUGAUGAUGCUCAACACAGCAUCCUUGGACUUGGAAAAGCUGUUCAAACUCCGGGACUUCAUUUUGAAGCAAUUCGUGCUGCUGGCACAACCCAAGAAUCGCAUUCUGUUUGCCAUCACAGCUACCGGCAUGGCUGUUAUGCUCGAUCUGAUGCAGACGGAAUACAAAUUAAUCGUGCAACGUUCAAAUGCUUUGAGCCUAAGUGUUAGUCGUGAUGGCAAGCUGCUUAGUUUAUUGUCUAAAAGUGGUGAGGUGAAUGUAUGGUCCACUUGCCGGCUUUAUAAUUCACUACAUGCACAGACGAAGUGCAUCUCGAAGGUGCGCGCCGCACUAAAGCAACCGGCGGCCAAGCUGCCUGGUCUUAUCAGUGGCCCAAUGAAUCUGGAGCUACGAAAGCUACUGAAACGUGAGCGCUUGGAAGCUAUGCUCGCUGAGUAUGGGUUUUAUCCGGAGAAAUAUAGAUUCAUUAUAUGGAGUGUGUUGCUGGAGCUACCCUCUAACACUGCCCAGUUCCAAGCGCUGCUUAAACACGGACAGCCUCAAGUGGUCAAGCAACGUGCUGCUAAGAUAAAGGUGAAGAGCGACGCCCAGAGACGAGCCGUUAUCAAAGUGUGGAGUUGCUUGGCUCAUUGGUGCAAGGUGUUUGGCCACACGGACUUUAUGCCGGAUCUUAUCUAUCCGUUUGUUAAGCAGAUGACCAAGAAUAGUUUGGUGGUAUUUGAGCUGCUUGUGACGCUAUUGCUCAACCAUAUGGAAUUAUGCUUUGAAUUCCAUCCAAUGCCGCCAGGCAAUUAUCUGGGCUUGUGCGAAAACGUGUUGCAGGUGCACGAUAAGCAGCUGUCCAAGUUCUAUGCUGCAAUGGAUGUGCAGCCAAAGGAUUAUGCCUGGUCGUUGCUCACCAAUGGCUUCGCCGAGGUUCUGGACGAGCAGCAGUGGCUGGUGUUGUGGGACAAUAUUUUAACAAAUCCUCCAUACUUUAUUGUAUUCGUAAUUGUUGCUUAUAAUAUGAUGCAACGGGAGAUAAUUAUGCGUCUGCCUGAAAAGUCGGAGGUGGUUGACUUCUUCCACGAGCAGAUGCCGAUCGAUGUCACGAAAUGGUUGAACCGCGCCCGUAAGCUAAUGAGCCAUUGUGCUACCGAGGUGCAUCCAGAGCGUUUUAUGCCUCCCUUUAAGCCCAUACCCAAGGGCGUCUAUCCCAAGUUUUUAAAAUAUCCCAGGGAGUGGAUCGAGCAACAGGAGCAACUUAGUGAUGAGCUGAUUAAACAGCAGCAGGAGAUUGACGCGCGCUUACGCAAAUUGGAAUUGGAGGAGAUCCAAAUGAAGGAACGCCUUCAGGAGGGUCUCAAGCAGGAGGAGCAUGCUCGUCGCAUCAAGGAAAUGGAACAGCUCUAUCAGGACACCAUUCAUCGCGAGGAGGAGCGCAUUGCCUGUCAUCGCAAAAUGUUGCUGACCUAUCAAAUGGAGGCACGACAACGCAAAUGUGAGGUGCUGUCUAAGCUGCAGGAGACGGAGCAGCGUCGCAAGAUCUUGGAAAUGGAAAAGGACAUUGAUGGGCUGAUGCGCAGUGUGGAGCGCGAGCGACGCCGUCAAAAUCAAGAGAUGCUCUUCGCCGAGGAUGAAAUACGCAACCAGGAGAUGGAGCUAAUGGCACAGCGCUAUUCCAGCUGUCUGCUCGAUUCACCUCUGACCGUCAAAUACUACGAAGAGGUGCAAAAAAUGCGCAACGAAAGUGAUAAGCUUAAGAAACAAUUGAGAGAGAUGACCAUGGAGCAAGUGCAAAAUUCCACGGAACAAGCAUCAACUCCGUCGAAACUCAAAGCUAUAGAGUACUCCAUUCAUGAGAUACAACAAGAAUUGACAGAUAUUUUAAAUAGCGAGAGCAACAGUCAAUAAUCGGGGCAAUAUACAUAUAUUGAAAAGAACUGAGCUAUAAAAGCUAAAACUUGUUUAGUUU